AUGGCAGCCGACUGCUUUUGUAACGAAAUCGAUUUUAUUUUCACUGAAGACUGUUGUAUUGGAACGAUGGGCGAGCUAAGACGCCAGCACGAACUCCACUGCCGUUUCCGGGAUUAUAGCAACCUUGGUGAUUUCAAUCGAUGCUGCGACUCAUAUGGAGGAAAAGCUCGUUGUGUCCUUACUCCAUCCCAUGGUGAAGAAGACGACGAUGAUACUUAA